CAUCCCAUUGGUGCCUUCCUGGAAGUGACAACAAUAAAAGACUGCUGAUGUGGACUUCCUGGGUCCGUCCUCCACUCUUCCCAAUCAGCCACACCUUUAGCACUCUGUUCUGGAGCUUGUAGGAGUGAGCUGCCGUUUCUGUUACUUAAGUUUUCUCCUGUUUUCUUAGUUAGGGAGGUAAGGUGACUGUUAUUUGUUUACUUAUGUUGCAGUAGGUAAGUUGGUUUAUUUCUUUUUUUAGACAGUUGCCUUUUGUUUGUUAUUUUCGGCACAUAGCUCUCUCUGAAGUUGUUUGCUCCAUUUGUGUUACUUUAAAACUAUUUUCCUUUUUGUAAAUAAAUUACUUUCUAACCAUAUACAACUUUGUAUUUGUGAGCUGCUUGGGAUGGGAAGAGGAUGGAUCAACUCUUUAAUAUGUUAUGGUCUGGCCAACCCUAGACAGGUCGUAACAUAUUAAAUUGGGGGCUCGUCCGUUUCUUCUCUCGUUCUGUGUUUGGUAAGUGUUCGCACAUUCUUCUGAUUAGCAGUUUUAUUUUGCACACGGGGCACUUAUGGAGAAGGGAUUUUCUCUUGAGGAUUUUGUUAGUUCACCUUCUUGGACAAAAUUGGAAAAAUGUAGAAAAAGUGAUCUGCUUAUGUUGGCUGACCAUUAUGAUGUUAAGGUGUCUUCCAGUGAUCGAAAGUCAGAACUGAAGGGAAUACUGUGUGAAAAACUGGUGGAAAAAGGUGUGUUGCAAACAGCUGCAGUGAAGGAAGUCGAAGACACUGCACUUGGAGCAGUUGGUGAUGCAGCACUGGCUGAUGUGCCUGCUGCAAGCUCAGAACCCAGCACCAAAUCUCUUGAAGGUAUGUCGUCUGAGGAUCUGCGUCUCACACUCCAUAUUAGGGAGGUGGAGAACCAUACCAAAGAGCUGGAAGUGGAAGCCAUGCGUCUUCGAAUCAGAGCUCUUGAACUCCAAAACGGUGCAUCUGCAGUUUCACCACAACCACCAAGCACAGGUUCUUCUGUUUCUGUUCCUUUUGACAUUAGCAAACACAUCACAUUGGUUCCGCCAUUUCGUGAGUCUGAGGUUGACUCUUAUUUUGGCGCAUUUGAGCGCAUAGCAGUUGCUUUAAAAUGGCCGAAAGAAUUCUGGUCACUGUUGUUGCAGUGUAAGCUUGUUGGAAAAGCCCAAGAAGUGUGUUCAAGCUUGUCAAUUGAACACAGUUUAGAUUAUGAUAUUCUUAAGAAAACUGUUUUGCAAGCUUAUGAACUUGUCCCUGAAGCAUAUCGGCAGAAAUUCAGAAGUCUUAGUAAAACUGCUAAUCAGACAUUUGUUGAGUUUGCACGAGAGAAGAACGUUUUGUUUGAUAAGUGGUGUUAUUCGUGUAAAGUUAAAACUAUUGACGACUUGAAAUCACUAAUUCUGAUGGAAGAGUUUAAGAAGUGUUUACCUGAACGGAUUGUAACUUAUUUAAAUGAACAGAAAGCAUUAUCAUUGGCAAAUGCUGCACUUUUGGCUGAUGAAUUUAUUUUGACUCACAAAAGUGUAUUUCCUUCACAGAAUUCAGUUUCGGAAAAUGUAUCCGAACGACAAAAUGCAUUCGUGAGGUCAGUGAGUCGAAAUGUGCCAUCAGUUGCUUCAAAAGCAAACAAUCGUGAUUGCUUUUAUUGCCACGCACCUGGACAUUUAAUUGCUGCGUGCCCAGUCUUGAAGAAAAAAGGUGUUAAAAACAUGAAAACUCCUGCAGGUGUGGGAUUAAUAAAGUCAACUUCCCGGCCGAAUGUACGCUGUGACAUUCAACAAAAACCCAAAGUUGAUGUUGAUCCACAGUUUUUGCCAUUUAUCUCGCAGGGCUUUGUUUCUUUGACGGGUGAGGAAAAGGAUAAAGUUCCAAUUACAAUCCUUAGAGAUACAGGUGCUCAUCACUCUUUCUUGUUAGAAUCCGUGCUGCCUUUAUCUGACCAAUCAUCUUGUGGUUCAGAUAUUCUUGUGUGGGGAAUAAAAAUGAGUGUAAUCAAAGCCCCUUUGCAUAUGGUGCACUUAUGUUCACCAUUAGUUUCGGGACGUGUUAAAGUAGCCGUGCGUCCACGAUUACCUAUUGAAGGAGUUUCCUUCAUCCUUGGUAACGACUUAGCUGGUGGACAAGUGUUUCCGGCACCAGAAGUUGUUGAUGUCCCAGUUUCGCUUACUUCUGUGACUGACUCAGCUGCCACUUUGAAUGUGUUUCCUGCAUGUGCAGUUACACGUGCGCAAGCUCGUAAAAUGGGUGACGUCAUAGAUUUAUCUGGGUCUUUCAUGGCUACACUUGAUGAAGAUGGCUUUGAUUUAAGUGACUCUGUAAAAAGGUCAAAAUGUGACGCUCCUGAACUUAUUCCCAAAGAUGAAACUUUGAGUUUGAACAUUACUAGGGAAAUGUUGAUUAAAGCACAGCAGAAUGAUCCAUCACUGAGUUCUUGUUUUUCUAUUGCAGAUAACAGCGAAUCUAAAGCCCCGGUGACCUAUUUUGUUGAAAAUGGUGUGUUGAUGAGGUCUUGGUCUCCAGAUUCAGGUGAUCUGCAAAGAAUAAAUCAGGUGGUUGUGCCAAAAGAUUACAGGUAUCAGAUUCUGAGUCUUGCACAUGAUGCCAGCUUGGCUGGACAUCUUGGUGUCAAGAAAACUUAUCAUCGUGUGUUGCGUAAUUUUUUUUGGCCUAAGUUAAAGUCAGAUGUGGUGAAUUAUUGUAGAUCAUGUCAUACAUGCCAGUUAGUGGGAAAGCCAAAUAAACCGAUUUCACCAGCACCUCUUCAUCCCAUUCCAGUGCUUGGUGAACCAUUUGAGCGAGUUUUAUUGGAUUGUGUGGGGCCUCUGCCAAAAACUAAGUCAGGUUAUCAGUACAUCUUAACAAUAAUGUGUGCUGCCACUCGUUUUCCGGAAGCUAUUCCAUUACGCACGUUAAAGGCAAAGAACAUUGUGAAAGCUCUUAUAACUUUCUUCUCAACUUUUGGUCUGCCAAAAGUUGUUCAGACAGAUCAAGGGACAAAUUUUAUGUCAAAAGUGUUUGCUCAGGUUUUGAAGGAAAUGAAAAUUAAACAUCAAACCUCCAGCCCUUAUCAUCCAGAGUCUCAGGGUGCGCUGGAGAGGUUUCAUCAAACUUUAAAAACAAUGUUGCGCAAGUACUGCCUUGAAUCUGGUAGAAGUUGGGACGAGGGUCUUCCACUUCUAUUAUUUGCCGUUAGAGAAACGAUUCAGGAAUCCCUUGGAUUCAGUCCGGCAGAUUUAGUGUUUGGACACACUGUUCGUGGUCCACUCCAACUUGUUAAGGAAAAAUGGUUGUCAGAGUCGUUUCAAACUGAACAUAAUGUGUUGGACUACGUUAGUAGUUUUAGAGACCGACUAUUUCAUGUAUGUCAGUUGGCCCAAGAAAACUUAGCUAAAGCUCAGAAAAAAAUGAAAGCUCGAUAUGAUAAAAAAGCUGUAAGAAGAAGUUUCACUCCAGGUGAAAAAGUUCUGGUGUUACUUCCUUUGAGUGGUUCGAGUCUUCGUGCUCAAUUUUCUGGACCUUAUGAGGUGGACAGAAAAAUUAAUGAAACAAACUAUGUGAUUAAGACUCCUGAUCGAAAACGAAAAACAAGAGUUUGUCAUAUUAACAUGCUCAAACAAUACAUUUCCAGGGAAGGUGUUGCAGAUAAAAGCUCUUCAGUUGCUACUGCUUUGGUUUGUUCUUCAUCCCCACCCUAUCAUUUAGCAGAUGAUAAUUUGAGGGAGAACACUGGUUGCAUGCCUAUGGCUCGCUUGCGAAAUUCAGAAGUGUUGGGAAAUUUGGAAUCUUUCCUAUCUCAUUUGUCACAGCCUGCCCAAAAAGAUAUCAUUGACCUGAUUGAUGCUAACUUGUUGCUUUUCUCAGACCAUCCACACCAAACAUCCGUGCUGUGCCAUGAUAUUGAGGUGGAGGUUGAGAAGCCAAUUAAACAACAUGCCUAUAGGGUAAAUCCAACAAAGCGUGUUUUAAUACAACAAGAAGUAGCUUAUCUGGUUGAGCAGGGUUUAGCCGUACCCAGUAACAGUGCGUGGAGCUCGCCCUGUAUUCUAGUUCCGAAACCAGACAACACGGCUAGGUUUUGUACAGAUUAUAGAAAAAUUAAUGCUGUCACCAAACCUGAUUCUUUUCCACUUCCUAGAAUGGAAGAUUGUAUUGAUCGUGUCGGCUCCGCUAAGUUUGUCACAAAGUUGGACCUGUUAAAAGGUUACUGGCAAGUUCCGUUAACACCAAGAGCUUCUGAAAUUUCCGCUUUUGUCACUCCUGAUAAUUUCCUUCAAUAUACCGUUAUGCCUUUUGGGUUGCGUAACGCACCUGCUACGUUCCAACGGUUAAUGAAACAGGUAUUGUUUGGAGUGAAAAACUGUGAAGCAUAUUUGGAUGAUGUAGUCAUUUAUUCUGGUACUUGGUCAGAACACCUAGACACUCUUUCAGAGGUGUUCGGUCGUUUUUGUGAUGCUUCACUUACCUUGAACCUGUCAAAAUGUGAGUUUGGGAAAGCUACAAUUACGUAUUUAGGAAAGCAGGUUGGUCAAGAACAGGUGCGCCCUAUUGCUGCUAAAGUGCAAGCAAUAAUUGAUUUCCCUGUUCCGCAGAACAAAAGAGAUUUGCGGCGAUUUUUGGGAAUGUGUGGUUUUUAUCGCGGGUUUUGUAAAAAAUUUUCAGAUGUGGUUAGUCCACUGACUGAACUCGUUAGUCCGCUGAAGUCUUUUGUUUGGUCUUCGUCUUGUCAGGUUGCGUUUGAAUCUGCCAAAGCAUUGCUGUGCAGUGCACCAGUACUGGCUGCACCUAGUUUUGAGCGUCCUUUUAAACUUGACGUUGAUGCAAGUUUGUGUGGUGCUGGAGCUGUGCUUCUACAAGAGGAUGAGGAAGGCAUAGAGCAUCCUGUCUGCUACUUCUCGAAAAAAUUUUAUAAACAUCAGGUUCAUUACAGCACAAUUGAGAAGGAAGCUCUGGCUUUGUUGUUGGCUUUACAGCACUUCGAAGUGUAUAUUGGUUCUAGCGCACAACCCGUACAGGUAUUCACUGACCAUAACCCGCUCGUGUUCAUCUCCCAGAUGCGAAACUCCAACCAUCGGCUGAUGCGCUGGUCUCUGCUGCUGCAAGACUUUAACUUGCAGAUUAAUUAUAAAAAGGGGAAGGAUAACGUCUUAGCUGAUGCUUUGUCUAGGAGUUUUAACUAAAGUGAAUUAAACACUCAAAGGUGUGUUUAAUUUUUGUGAAUGGGGGUGUUACGAUUGGCAUUGUAAGUUUUUAUGUAAAUCUAAGUGUGCAGGUUCCAGUUGCUGAUUGGUUCCAGGACGGUGACGACGUGACAUCCCAUUGGUGCCUUCCUGGAAGUGACAACAAUAAAAGACUGCUGAUGUGGACUUCCUGGGUCCGUCCUCCACUCUUCCCAAUCAGCCACACCUUUAGCACUCUGUUCUGGAGCUUGUAGGAGUGAGCUGCCGUUUCUGUUACUUAAGUUUUCUCCUGUUUUCUUAGUUAGGGAGGUAAGGUGACUGUUAUUUGUUUACUUAUGUUGCAGUAGGUAAGUUGGUUUAUUUCUUUUUUUAGACAGUUGCCUUUUGUUUGUUAUUUUCGGCACAUAGCUCUCUCUGAAGUUGUUUGCUCCAUUUGUGUUACUUUAAAACUAUUUUCCUUUUUGUAAAUAAAUUACUUUCUAACCAUAUACAACUUUGUAUUUGUGAGCUGCUUGGGAUGGGAAGAGGAUGGAUCAACUCUUUAAUAUGUUAUGGUCUGGCCAACCCUAGACAGGUCG